CAUCACCCCCUCGUUACACCUUCAAUACUAUUAUUAUCAGUUUCCUUUCCCUUCAGCACGGCCGCCCUGCUGACAGCAACCAACCUCGGCCGGGGAAAGCCGACCCGAACGGACAAAUAUUUUCCCCCUUUGUAAACAAGUGCAAUUUCCGGUUGCACGAACCGUCCUCUCAAUUCAUCUCUUACAAUUUCUACCCCAAACCCUAAACCCCCUUCUUCCACUCUCCACCACCUCGCUUACAAUUAAAAUGAAGGACAGGCCGCCGCCGUCGCCGUCACGCGGCGCACUUUACGUGCCGCCACAUCACCGCCUCUGCUCCGUCAUCACUACACCGUCUUCCACCUCCUCCCCCACUAAGGAUUCCGUGCCUACCACUUUAAGUACUAAUAAUACUACUCGCAAUCAGAGCUCAUCUCUUCAUUCCAUAGUUAAUAAGAGUAAUGAUAACAAUAAGAAUACUGGCAAUCCUUACCCGUACUUGCCACCUCAUCAAUAUAAGCAGCAGGCACAGGCGAAAAAAUCGCUGCAUUAUAAGGUGUCAGAGGAAAUUUCCUAUCGUGACAUCGAGUUUCUGACACAUCAAGAUGCUUCCACCUUGGAUGACGUUGAUGGCUGGAAAUGGAAGUUAACUACUCUUUUAGACAAUAAGGAUAAGCAAGAACUAGUAUCAAGAGAUAAAAGGGAUAGGCGCAAUUAUGAUCAAAUAUCAGCUUUAGCGAGCAGAAUGGGUUUAUACAGCCACCUGUAUACAAAAGUGGUAGUUGUCAGUAAGGUUCCUUUGCCCAACUAUCGGUUUGAUCUCGAUGAAAAGCGUCCACAGAGGGAGGUGAUCUUGCCUCCACGUUUGCAAAGGCGAGUGGAAAUCCAUCUUGGACAAUACAUUUCCCAAAAGCCCAAGGGCAUGGAUGCAUUUUCAAGAUCAAGCAGUAAUUGCAGUAUUGCUACCAAUGAAUGGCUUUUUGAGCAACCUGAGCUGCUUACACCUGGCGAGGUUUCCAUGGAGAAAAUUAUUUGGCGAAAAAGUCAGCAAAUGCAAGAGGAGCAACUGAUUUGGCAGCAAUCUACUGAAGGCAGAGAGAUGAUGGAAUUUCGUAGUAGUCUGCCUGCUUAUAAGGAGAGAGAUGCAAUAUUAAGUGCCAUUUCGCAGAACCAGGUUGUAAUCAUCUCUGGUGAAACUGGUUGUGGAAAGACCACUCAGAUUCCCCAGUUUAUUCUGGAGUCUGAGAUUAACUCAAUUCGUGGAGCAAUGUGCAGUAUCAUAUGUACUCAGCCCAGAAGGAUAUCUGCAAUGUCUAUAUCAGAGAGGAUUUCCGCUGAGAGAGGGGAGAAAUUGGGAGAUACAGUUGGAUAUAAGGUUCGGUUAGAGGGUAUGAAAGGAAGGGAUACCCACCUCCUCUUCUGCACAACAGGCAUUUUGCUGAGAAGAUUACUAGCUGAUAGAAACUUGAAGGGUGUAACGCAUGUUAUCGUCGAUGAGAUACAUGAACGUGGAAUGAAUGAAGAUUUUCUGCUUAUUAUUUUGAAAGAUCUACUACCCCGCCGGCCAGAACUAAGGCUAAUUCUCAUGAGUGCAACCUUAGAUGCAGAGCUCUUCUCAUCAUAUUUUGGUGGGGCUCCAAUGGUCCACAUCCCGGGUUUCACUUAUCCAGUACGUACUCAUUUUCUAGAAAAUAUUUUGGAAAGGACAGGAUACCAAUUGACACCAUAUAAUCAAAUUGAUGAUUAUGGUAUGGAGAAGAUGUGGAAAAUGAGUAAACAAGCUCCAAGAAAGAGAAAAAGCCAGCUUGUUUCUGCUGUUGAGGAGGCACUUAAAGCUGCUGAUUUCAAGGAUUAUAGUGCUCAGACUCAGCAAUCUUUGUCUUGCUGGAAUCCUGAUUGUCUAGGUUUCAAUCUCAUAGAAUGUCUUCUGUGCUAUAUAUGCGAGAAUGAAAGGCCUGGUGCUGUUUUAGUUUUUCUGACUGGGUGGGAGGAUAUAAGCUCCUUGAAGGAUAAGCUGCAAGGUCAUCUUCUAGUAGGAGAUACUAGUCGCGUUUUAUUGCUGGCAUGCCAUGGUUCCAUGGCCAGUGAGGAGCAGAAAUUAAUAUUUAACAAGCCUGAAGAUGGAAUAAGGAAGAUCGUUCUAGCUACAAAUAUUGCUGAAACCAGUAUCACUAUUAAUGACGUGGUUUUUGUUAUUGACUGUGGGAAGGCAAAAGAGACGUCUUAUGAUGCGCUAAACAAUACUCCUUGUCUGCUUCCUUCUUGGAUUUCAAAGGUUUCAGCUCGACAAAGAAGAGGAAGAGCUGGACGUGUUCAGCCAGGAGAAUGCUAUCAUCUCUAUCCAAGAUGUGUAUAUGAUGCUUUUGCAGAUUAUCAGUUACCAGAAAUUUUAAGGACCCCACUGCAGUCUAUUUGUUUACAAAUUAAAAGUCUGAAACUGGGUAGUAUUUCUGAGUUCCUGUCUAGGGCACUGCAGUCGCCGGAGUAUCUAGCGGUUCAAAAUGCUAUUGAAUAUUUAAAGAUCAUUGGGGCUUUGGAUGAAACUGAAAAUUUGACUGUUUUAGGACGCUACUUAACAAUCCUUCCAAUGGAGCCAAAACAUGGCAAAAUGCUUAUACUUGGCGCUAUAUUGAAUUGCCUGGACCCAGUGUUAAGUGUUGUUGCUGCUCUAAGUGUCCGUGAUCCUUUCUUAACCCCAAUGGACAAGAAGGAUUUAGCAGAAGCUGCAAAAGCUCAAUUUUCACGUGAUUAUAGUGACCACCUUGCUCUUGUUCGGGCUUUUGAGGGUUGGAAAGUUGCUGAUAGAGAUCUUGCUGGAUAUGAAUAUUGCUGGAAGAAUUUCCUGUCAGUACAGUCCAUGAAAGCUAUUGAUUCUCUACGUGAGGAAUUCUACUCUCUGCUGAAGGAUAUUGGCCUUGUUGAUAGCAACCCAACCAUUUUCAACACAUGGAGCUAUGAUGAGCAUCUUCUUCGAGCUAUUAUUUGCUAUGGAUUGUAUCCUGGAAUCUGCUCUGUUGUGCACAAUGAGAAAACCUCCUUACUUAAAACGAUGGAAGACGGGCAGGUGCUUUUGUACUAUAACUCGGUCAAUGCACGUGACUCAAGGAUACCAUAUCCAUGGCUUGUUUUUAAUGAAAAGAUCAAAGUUAACUCUGUCUUCCUGCGGGAUUCAACAGCUGUGUCUGAUUCAGUGCUGGUCCUAUUUGGCGGAGGCAUCUCAGAAGGAGUUAUGGACGGUCACUUAAAAAUGUUGGGUGGAUAUUUGGAGUUUUAUAUGGAACCUGCUACAGCAAAACUGUAUCAGAGUUUGAAGAGAGAGCUUGAGGAAUUUAUUCAAACAAAACUCCUCCAUCCGUGGAUGGAUAUACAUUCCUACCAUGAACUUUUAUCUGCAAUACGGCUGCUGAUCUCAGAUGAUCAAUGUGGCGGUAGAUUUGUUUACAACCGCCUGAUAGAACAAACCUCCAAGCCAUCUAUUGUAUCAGAAGCUCCAAUCUUCAUACCUAGGUUACAAAGCGGUCCGGGGGGUGAUAAUUCAAAGAGUCAGCUACAAACAUUGCUGACCCGAGCAGGCCAUGGAGCACCAGCAUACAAGACGAAGCAGCUAAAGAACAAUCAGUUCCAAUCAACUGUAGAAUUCAACGGUAUGCAGAUAAUGGGGCAGCCAUUUAACAACAAGAAGCAAGCAGAAAAAGAUGCUGCAGCUGAGGCACUGCAGUGGAUUUUGGGACGGAAUCAAGCAGGCCAUGACCACGUUGACCACAUGUCAAUGUUGCUGAAAAAGAGCAAGAAGGACCACAAGUAGAUAUGGAGGUAAUUUGAAAUCUGAUGCUUCCUUCCGGUGUUCGCACUUAAAGAUCCAUGACUCUGUCAAUUGGUGUUAGUCACAUGCUGGCGUGGACCGCUUGCCAAGUUGAAAGCUACUGAAAAUCCCAGAACGACCAUGUCAUAUUGACCACCUACAAAUAGUUUGCAAGUUCUUGCAAGAAUGUGCAACAGAUAAUCUCCAUGUCUCUGAUUCUGAAGAUGAACUUAUAUUGUCCACUCUGGGUAGUCCAAGUUGGCUGGACAAUUUUUGCUUGAGCAAUUGCACCUUGAAGUGCAUAACUGUAAAGAUGGCAUUUGUGGAAAUGUGCACACAAGGGUAGUUAAAAGGGUAAUUUUACCAUUGUGGUAUAAUUUUUUCAACCUCAAUUACCCAUUUCUUGUCUGUAGAGUUAAUUCUAGUUUUGAAAACCAUCAAAUAUAUUUAUUUACCCUGGCGUGGUCGAGUUUCAUAUAUAUUUUAAUUUGACUUAGGCUACUAUGACAGGACUAGCCAACAUGGUUUGAAAACAAGUGCUCAUGUCAGUGCCUGUUGGCCGCCCUUGUUUUGUAGUAUUGCUCUUACUUUUAGAAGAGUACUUGUUGUACAUUACCAUUUAUAGAUUGGUGAGGUGGUAAAAAAGAAGUGGGGGAAUUCUAUUUUUUCUAGUUGGUUGGUGAAA